CCACCUGCAAAAAUCUCCGCUCCUGUCAAAUGAUUUUUAAUUUAUCAUUUUCCUAGAAAUUUUUUAAUUACGGGCAUAUCGAAUAGUUAAAAAUUAAUAAUUUCCCAUUUUCUCGUUUUAAUUACCGAAGCCAGCCUUGUUCGUGACGUUUUUGUACUCGCGCGCGUGUUUAUUUUAAUUAAACCGUAGUUAUUAAACGCGAGUGUGUCCAGUUCUGUUGUGUUUGUUUGUUUGUGUUAACAUUGCAGGAAUUCGAAUUAUUUUUUUUUAAAUCCUGCAUAUAAUUCGAGUUCGGGUGCCCAGCAAGGAAAUAGCGUGUAUACCAGCUAGUGUUGUCAAUGCUGCCACUUCCAGUAACAACUAAUUACUGAGAUGGAAACUGAUGUAACGGAACAACCUGCACCAACAUCCCCUGAACCUACCACAGAUGACUCGAAGCCCUGUAACCCCCCCUCUGACGACAGCGACUACGAGGACAACCUCAAAGAGGUGAUCCAGAGCGAGGACACGGGGUCCUCAUUUUUCCAGCGGUACUUUCAGAAUCACAGCAACAGUUUACCGUCGCGACUGAUGGGGGUGAACCCUCGUCGUCUCUCUCAGUGUAUGGAGGAGGACGAGGACGACGAUAAAAAAACCGAUCAGUCAAACGCAGUGCCUUCGAACACGUUCGGCAGCGAAAAAUCGCUCUCGGAGUCUUCCACCAGUUCAAAAACGUCUGUGAUAGAUACAGUUACUGGACCCACACAUAAAUUCGUUAUAGUCAAGACUAAACAACAGACGCCAGAGGAAUUGGAAGUCACCGCUAGCAACGAUGAUGCGGUAGACGAGGGUCCGAUCGUGGUAACACCGGAGAAAAACAUCGCGAAAAAGCUCCAGUUCGACUUGAUACUGAAAUCGGAGGAGAGUAAACGGAAACACAUGUCGGAAGUGGCGAAGAUAUUCGCGUCGCGUCAAUCUUAUCGGCAAAGUAACACCGUCGGGGCGGUACCGACGCAGACCAAGAGAUUGCCUGCUUAUCAGAUUUUUAAUAAAAGUCCGCACUAUGAUUCCAGGUUCUUUGACUCCUCGCUGAUUGAGAUUAAGAGUCAGGAGGCCGGUAGUUCUAAGGUGGAAGGUAGUGAGGCCGAAGAGGUGUGGGUAAAAAGGCCUGAGGCUGAAAAGAAAAAGGAAUUAGGAUCGCAACCUCUACCGGUGACUUCUUCUACAGGAGAUGAAGCGGAAAGUAUGCCUAGGCCCAGAUCGGGAACGUGGGGUGCCAAGGAGGCGAAAAAGGAGAAAUCGAAACAGCAGCAGAAGCAGGACAAAGGUGACGUGAGGAGGAACGAGGCGAGGGUGCAGAGUGGAAGCAGGAGUGGGUCUGCAUCUAGGUCUAAUUCGGCCGAACGUCGUAAAUCCGACGAGUCUAGUCCGAAAAGGGAGGGCUCAAGAAGCAGGUCCAAUUCGGAUGCAAGCAAACGAAAAGGAAGUGCCUUUAUGGCUUCUAUGAAAGCCGCCAUGUUGCAUACGGGUCUUAUACAUCCGAAACAAAAAGCGCCGAAAGAUGGCUCUGCACAUCCGGUUACCGUUCCGGACAGUUCUGACACCAGGUACUACCAUACGGUUACCGCGGGUUCCAACAGAGGGAGCGCUAUGACGAAAGUGAUGGAUAUAUUUAGAAAUAAACCGACUUUCCAAUCGGAAGAGGAAAUUAUACGGAGGGAGGAGCGCAAAGAGGAGAGAAAGAAAGAGGAAAAGCGUGAGGAGGAACGGAGGAAGAAGGAGGACAAGGAGCGCAAGAAGGAGGAGGAGCGAAAGAAGAAAGAGAAGCAUGCCGCGUUCGCCCAGGGACGUCACAGGGGUGGUCCCAGGGACGGAUCGGCCCAUCCGGUACGCGACAGUGACAAUAUGUACUAUCACACCGUGACAGCGGCCUCUUCGAGUAAAAGUCCCAUGACCAGGGUGAUGGACAUCUUCAGAAACAGGUCGCACGUCAGUGUACCCCCUGACGAGAGGAAAAAGAAAGCGAAUCAACAUUUAGGAGCUCAAUUGAAACAAAGAUCGCUCGAUCCGGAACGGAGAAGGCAGUCUUUGGGUGCCAUAAUCCCGACCAAUUUCCAUAGGGCUUCGGACGCCUUUCUGGACCCUCACCAUGCGGCCAUACUGUUUAGGGAUUCCCGAGGGCUACCUGUGGUGGAUCCCUUCUUAGAAAAAGUCAAUAUAUCGGAUUUAGAAGAAGAUGAAUCUCAAAUAUUCGUCAAGUUCUUUAAAUUUCACAAGUGCUACGAUCUCAUACCGACGUCAGCGAAGUUAGUGGUGUUCGACACGCAGCUGCUGGUCAAGAAGGCUUUCUUCGCCCUAGUUUAUAACGGUGUAAGGGCGGCUCCGCUUUGGGACAGCACGCAGCAAGAGUUCGUGGGCAUGCUGACCAUCACCGACUUCAUAAAAAUCCUCAGGAUGUAUUAUAAAUCGCCCAGUGUCACUAUGGAGGAACUGGAGGAGCAUAAAUUGGACACUUGGAGACAAGUGCUGCAUGAUGCCCGGCCACUUAUUAAUAUCGGACCGGAUGCCUCUUUGUAUGAUGCUAUUAAGGUGCUAAUCCAUAACAGGAUCCAUAGGUUGCCGGUUAUCGAUCCGGAAACUGGCAACGUCCUGUACAUCCUGACCCACAAAAGGAUUCUUAGGUUCCUCUUUUUGUAUAUAAACGAAUUACCGAAACCCAGUUACAUGAAUAAAACGUUAAGGGAACUGAAAAUCGGUAGUUACGAUAAUAUCGAGACCGCCUCCGAGGACACCUCCAUCAUUUUAGCGUUGAAGAAGUUCGUCGAGAGGCGAGUGUCUGCUUUGCCCAUUGUGGAUGCUGAGGGACGACUGGUCGAUAUUUAUGCCAAGUUUGAUGUUAUUAAUUUGGCCGCAGAAAAAACGUACAACGACUUGGACGUGUCUUUAAAGAAAGCCAACGAGCACAGGAACGAGUGGUUCGAGGGUGUACAUAAUUGCAAGUUGGACGAGACGUUGUUUAAUGUGAUGGAAAAGAUUGUUAGGGCGGAAGUGCACAGGCUGGUCGUUGUAGACGAGAACGAUAAAGUAAUAGGAAUAAUUUCGUUAUCGGAUUUACUGUUGUACCUGGUUUUGAGGCCUUGCGGUGAGGAUGGGGGGACGGGUGAUGGAGCGGCGUCUGUUCGAGCUCAGGAUAUAAGCCGCUUACAAGAAAAACUAGCGAACACCAGUCGGACAUCCUCGAACGAGGAAGUAUCCCAAACGAUCCUCGAGGAGGAAGAACACGAGGAGAUAACGCGAAUAUCUCCAUCCCACCCGAAAUCCCUGGAAGUGGAAGAACCCCCGACUGAAACCGAUUCGCCGCGGUCCCAAAACAGCCCCGUAAUAGGAAACAACGUGGAAAACAACCCCAUUUUUCGAGAAGUCACCGUUACGGGGGGCGGAGAGUGAACGCGGUGGUACCAAAAUUGAAAAUUAUUGAACGAAAUGCGGGUUGUUCUUGUACAUUGUUAAACGUUGAUGGUAUUGGCGAGAAUUUGAGGAAGUGCAAGGGAUAACCGAUUGAUUGAUCAAAGGUUUAUUCUUAAAGUGUACCGCUAGCGAGCGCUUAAUUUGUAGUUACUUUGUAAUAUAUGUACUAUUCCUAAAAUAUUUUACUUUACACGUUUAAAGAUUAAAUUAAGUUGAUAAGUACAAUUUUUCGUGGGCGGAGCUGUUUGCACCCAUAAUUUACAUAUGCCUACGGAAUCAAUUAUUUAAAAGAGUUAUGAGAAUAUUUUCGUUCUUUAAAAGUAUAGAUUUUGCUUAAUUUAGGCGCUAUUUUAUUAAGAUAGAGUUUGUAUUGAAUUUGAACGUACUUCGGGUGUUAGUCCUAUUAUGAGAAAUUUUUCAAUAAGAUUCUUUCUUUUCUUGCCCUAAUAUUAUAUACGAUUCUAUCUAUAUCCCUUCUUCAGGAUAGUUUUGCAAGGGUUUUUCCAACUAAACAGAUAUAGGAAAAUAAUUCAGAUUUGCUGUUGCUGUAUAUUAGGCCCUGCCUUUGGAUGUAACUGUCUUUAAUAGCAAAAUACUUUUUUUGAAUAUUAAGAGGUGCAUUUUCUUGAUUUUUAGGUUGGCAAUAUUUCAUAAUUAAUUGGAAGUUCCUAGUCUAAUUCUAGACGAAUCUGCUUACCCAGUAUUUGUUUCGAAUCUAUUUAUUAACAUUUACUUCUUUCUUCAAUUCUUUUCCAAGGGCAUAUAUAUAAAAUAAACUAAGGUGAGAAUGAAAUACUUGCAUUCAAUUAAAAAAGAAAACGAAAAAUUUAAUUUUGAAUUCCUGCCUGGAAAAUGCAUAAAAUAAUUUCAAAAAUUUGGACAAUGUGACAUUAUCACGAAUUUCUGGAAAAACAUAAAAAAUUAAGUCGAGUGCUUAGAAAUGUAUGUCAGGUUCCUACAGGUUACACUGAAUUCCUGGAAAAAAUUAGUCUCCAUGCCUGGAACUUGGAAAUUGGCAUUCGGUUCCAGGAAGACACAAAAAAUUAAGUAAAUUAAUGGCACAGCAUGAAAAUUUAUUAAAAAAACGUCAGCUUCCCAGAAAAUACCAAAAAUGCCUCCAAAAGCGCUUAAAAUAUAAAGCAACAUUUAAAAUCCCUUGGAAAUAUUUAUCACGAAUUCCUGGAAUAACUUAAAAACUUAUUCCAAAUUCCUGGAAGAUAUUAAAAAUUGCCUGCAGGGGUGGGAAGUACUGAAAAUUUGGUGGAAAAUUCCUGAAAUAAUGUAUAAUUCAAUAAAAUAAAUAAUAAACAUUGAAAAAUAACCCAAAUUCAUAAAAAAGUGAGUCGAAUGCUUUGGAAAUGACGUUGGAUUCCUAGAAAACACUUCUCAUAAAACGACCCGGAAAUCCUGAAGAAAAUUAGUUCCUGGAUUAUGCCUGGAAGACGCCAUAAGAAAAAAACCUGAAAACUGCAAAAAUAACCCAAAUUCCCUGGAAUACUUGAGAAAUUAUGUACUUAAACUAAUACUAAAAAAUUACUGCAAAAGUAGAAUACUUUAAAAAAAAUAUUUGGAAACUAGGAAAUGAGCACGCGAUUCUAAAAAGACAAAAAAAUUAACUCGAAUUCCUCGAAGACGUAUUAAAUGAUCUCAAAAGCCUGGACAAUGUGAAAUUAUCAUGAAUUUCUGGAAUUACUUAAAAAAAUAUUACGAAAUUUCUGUAAGGUAUAAAAAAUUAAAUGAAAUUCCUGGUAUACCAUGAAAAUAUCAUAAAAGACGUCAGUUUCCUGGAAAACAGUACAAAUGCAUCCAAAAGCUAACAAGGACAACACGAAACAAAAUUUGAAAUUCUUGAAAAAUACAAAAAUACAUUACCAAGAAUUCCUGAAAUAUAAAUUAAUGAACUGAAAGAUUACCGAAAAGAGUGGAACGUCAAGGAAAAUAUGAAAAAUUGCCAGGAAUUCCUGGAAUAAUGUGCCUGGAAGACGGGAUAAGAAAAAACCUGAAAACUUUGAAAAAUAACCCAAAUUUCCUGGAAUACUUGAUAAAUUACCUACAAUUUUUGGGAAUACAGUACAAGCUCGGUAACAUGAACACAAAAAACCAACCCUAGUUCAUACUACCGAUUGUUCACAUUAUAGGAUGAGGAUGAUUAUUAUGUUUUUUUUUGUAAAGAGACUAAAUUAUAAAUUUCAAGCCUUUGUUUAUUUACUUAGUAUGUAUUAUUUAUAAUACCUAUGUAUUAAAAAAUAAUUUUUAAUUGCUUCGUUUUAGAUAUUGUAUUUAUAAUUACAGCUUUUUCAUAAAGUUUUUUAAGGCAUAAAAUGUCGUCAAUAUUAACAAAGUUUUCUUGUGCCCAUUGCAUGCAUAGCCUUAAUGCUUCAAUGGCUUCAGAAUAUCUUAUUUUAGGCUUUGGAUCUUCAAUGACCUGACAGUCGUCUUCUUCUUCCGAAACAGCAUUAUCAUUUGGAUCAUCAUUAAGGUUAAUGCCAGCAUCAUCCUUAUUCCAAUCAGUGAUAUCGUUUGUCGUAUAUUCAGCCUAUAACAAAAUUGUAUUUAUAAUAAAAAAUACAGUAGCCUAUUGUAAAAAAAAUUCCUUGUGAACCUCCCUUAGUAAACUCAGAGUCUCCGAAACAACUUAAACAACCUCUUCGUCUUUCCAAAGUUCGCUUAAUGGUAUGGAAUCUUCAUCUGUAUAUUCUGUAUUUUUUGACAGUACAGGAUACCAACAUUUCGAUAAGGUUCUCGGUGUAAUUUUUUGCCAAGCACUAUGCAAAUGCAACAUGGCGUCUUUUAGUGUAAGUUUUUUUAAUGAAUCGAUUACAUGUUCAUCAGUUGCCACAAUUGAAGUUAGCAAACUCUUCCUGUAAUAUAGUUUUGUGAGUCUCAGAGCGUUUUGAUCCAUCGGCUGGAUUAGCGGGGUCACAUUAGGAGGCAUAAAUAUAGCAAAUAUGUUUCCGUCAUCUAAAGUCAUCUAAAAUCAUUCUAAACUGCUUAAAACAGUGGGGAUUUUUUGAUUUUCCAAGCACCAGCGGUUUUAAUUUGAAACAACCUGUAGCAUUUCCACAUCCUAAGAAGGUCACCCGUUGUUUUGCAAUUUUCAUUCCUGGAGCCGUUUUUUCAGCAAUCGAAACAUAUGUUUUAUCUGGGAGAAGUUUCCAAUACAAACCCGUUUCAUUGACAUUAAAAAGUUGAUUUUCCGUUAUUGCAAGCUCAUCAAUAACUUUUUUUAAUUGUUCUUUAAAUGGCCUAACCAGUUCCGGCUGAGAUGAGAAUUUCUCACCGGAUAUUUUUAGAAAUCGUAUUCCAUGACGGACUUUAAAACGUUGCAGUCAUCCAUCACUUGCACUAAACUUCAUUGUCGCAGGAUAUACAUUUCCAAAAAUUCUGAUUGUUUUUUGUUUUAAUAUAUCGCUGCUUAUUGAAAGAUUUUUUUCUCUUUGAGUAAGGAACUAUUUGUACAACUGUUUUUCCAUUUCUGGGUACUCACAAGAUUUUAACGUACACUUUUUGUUUGGUCCUAAUGAGUUGGUUACCCUUUCAAGAAUCUUCUCCCUUUUCUUCUUGAUCGAACAAAUGGUUGAUUUAGCAACUCCGUAUGUUCUAGCCAGUAUAGUAACUGACACACCUUUUCGAUGUUCUUGAAUAAUAUUUGCUUUUUGUUGUAGAGUAAGGGCCUUGUUUUUGACAGUUUUGCCCAUUUUGAGGAUCGUGCAAAGAAAGGUUGUUAUCGAAUUUAUUACACAUGCGUUUAAAGUCAACUGAAAACUGAAGAAUAAAAGCCAUAUAAACGCCGUGAACCAUGCAAAACGCUACGACAAGUCAAAAACCAGCGAGACAGUCAAAAUAUUACUGGCAUAUUGGCUCAAAAAUCGUUUAAAAACGUAUUGUUUAAUUGUUCAAAUUAUCGAGCAGACUUCUGUUCACACUAUAGAGUACCUAAUACAAAAAAAUAUUUUAUUCACAAAACCGAGUUGUUCGUAUAUACGAGUGUUUACGCCACCGAGCUCAUACUGUAUUUAAAAAAAAAUUACUUGGGAAGAAAACACUUGGAAACUGGGAUAUUAGAAUUAAACAGUUCUCAAGUCAAAUUCCUAGAAAACACAUAAAAUUACCCUGAAUACUUGGAGAAAAUUACUUCAUAUGCCUGGAAAACCACUUGAAAAACACCCUAAAUUCCCUGGAAUACAUUCUAUUGAAUUACCUAUAAUUUUAUUAGAAUAAAAGCAUAAGAAGCGAUUUUUAAAUUAACACGUUAACUGCCACGUGAAUCAAGUGUGUCUCACAGGUAGAAAAACUAUUGUAAUUAUGCCUGUAGCUCGCCGGUGAUUCUCAGUAGCCAUAUAAAUCAAUGGUAAUUUAAAAAGCGUGGCCUGGCGUAUAAAAUGUAAUGUUUAGCACACGAAAUUUUUGUAUAAAUGGCGUUAAAUGCAAGGUUUUUAAAUUUUUGACGAACGAAAACAAAAUAUUAUUUUGGAAGUGAAACAAAUAAAAAAUAGCUUUUGGCUCGUGGGGUAAAAAAAAAUUGUAUUGUGACAUGUGCAAUUCACUUUUUCAUUAAUAUACACGAAAUUAAUUUAAAGUUUUGAGCAAAAAGUUUUUCAAGAGUUAAAAAGUCAUUUUUGGAAGAAUUGAGCUUAUUUCUCUAAACAAUGGUAAAUUUAGAAAGUAUCUAAAACAUUUAAAAAAAUAAUUAUUUAACCUAUCUAUAAGAAAAGAAAACAAAAAGAAUAUACGAAUACAAUAACCCUCUCUUUCAACUACAUCCAUAAUUUAAAUUAAUGUUAAAGUAUCAAUUUCAAAGUCAGUCAAAAUGAAACUCGUACACCCCUUACAUUUUAUUUAUUUGUUUACAAAAAUAUAUUUUUUACUUACAUAAAAAAAAUAAUAUAUACAUUUUAUAUGAUGGCCUUUGAAAGACAAAAAUAAAAGUAAAAAUAUAUUUUUCACAAAAAGAAAUUUUAAGAAAAAUGAGAAAAUUAAAUUUACAUUCGAUUUUACAACUCAAAAUGAAACUCGUACACCAUUAAAAAUAUACAGGAAAAAAAACAUAAAAAAGAAAUUAAUAUUUUAUUGGUAGUCCUUUUUAUUUUUUAUAACAUCUGCCAAACGAUUGGGCAUUGAUCGUACCAAUUUUUCACAAUAUUCGGGUGAUAUUUUAGACCAUUCUUCUUGAAUCACUACUUUUAAUUGCUCUUUGGUUGAAAUUUCAUGGUUUCUUAUAGCAACUUUCAAAUGUGACCAUAAGUUUUCAAUGACAUUAAUAUCUGGACUUUGCGGUGGAGUUUCAAGUACUUUUGGACAGUUAUGGAGCAACCAAUUCUUUACAUUCUGUGCCUUAUGCUUCGGAUCAUUGUCCUGGUAGAAUUAAGAUUUUUUUUCAAUUCGGAAUUUUCGGGCGCUUGCCUUUAGAUUCUGCUUAAGUAUGUCCAAAUACAUGUUCUGAUCCAAUAUACCCUCUAUAAAAUGUAGAUUUCCAGGGCCUGCAGCUGAGGUACACCCCCAGACCAUGACUGAACCACCUCCGUGCUUUACUGUGGCUCGUGGAUUUUGUUCUUUGAGAGAUUCAUUGGGCUUUCUCCACACCCGUUGUUGUCCGAAAAUACAAAAUUUACUCUCAUCAGUAAAAAUUACGUCCUUCCAAAAUAAAAAAUCUUUGUCUUUGUGUUCUUCAGCAAAGCUUAACCUCUUGAUUUUAUUUACCUUACUGAUCCAAGGUUUUCUUCGAGACACUCUACUAUGAAUAUUAUUUUUUUUUAGGAAAUUUCUGACUGUUUGAGGAUUAACUGUUUUUCGUAAAUAUUUCUCAAUUUCUUUUGCCAACUUCGGUGCAAAUAUUUUCGGGUUUUCCGCAACUUUCCUGAGGAUCCAACGUUCGUCGUACGAAUUAAACAUUUUUCGAGGGCUUAUCCUUACUUUAUUUAGAAACGUAUCAUCCAUUUUUCUCUAAGAGACCAAACAAAAACAAAGGUAAGGACACAAAGUCACGGUCUCAUCCAAUCUAUAUAAUUUCUUAAAAAAGCUUAAAAGCUACACGUGUUUCGCUCCUGUCGGAGCAUCAUCAGGCCUAGACCUACACAGAUCACAUUACAACUAACAACAAAAGAAAAGCUAGGUUAAGUUCACAGAAACACGUGUAGCUUUUAAGCUUUUUUAAGAAAUUAUAUAGAUUGGAUGAGACCGUGACUUUGUGUCCUUACCUUUGUUUUUGCUUACUUUAUUUGAUAUUCUAUUUUCACGGUAGAGUGCGGCCUACAAACAAUUUUGGAAAUUUGUCGCAACGAUUCCAUCUUUCCAAUGUUGUAUAAUUAAUUUGCAUUCUACGACGCUUGUUUGUCCACGCUAACGCCCCAUAUGGUAAAAGAAGGACAAACAAUUAAUUAAACUCAAUUAAAAAUUACACAGGAGGGUUAAAAGUAACAGAUGCUCUUAAUACCAAGUGCUAACUAUAAAUAAUAUUAAUGUUAUUAUAAAGUAAAUAUGAUGUAUGGGUUUCAUUUUGACCAUAACAUUUUCUUAUCUCUUGUACUUUUUUAUGCUCAGCAUGCGUUCUUUGCAUAUUUUUGCUCAACAAGAUUUUAUGCUGAUCGCAGAUAUAUAUAUAGUUGGAAAUAUUUUGCACGUUAUUUGUACAGAAUGUAAAAGAAACCUUAGGUGUACGAGUUUCAUUUUGACUGACUGUACCUUAAAUAAAAACAUUUUUGGAGCACAUUUUGUAAGUAAUAAUUUAUAUCGUCCAGACAUUUGAAUAUUUGAAAAUUUAUUCCAGGCGUUUGAAAUUUUCUCCUGUUAUUUUAAGUCAUUUGUAUGUGAUGUAUGCUGCUUUGCAGGCAUAUUUCUUAAGAUUUUUAAAAGCAAAUUCAAUUAUCUUUUGAUAAAUUUCAAUUUUAUUCCAGGCAUUUAAAGCCUAGUCUCAUUUUCCCCACUUAACCAGUUUUUCAAAAAAAAACGUCUAAGCAUCAUAUACAGGCCUGGGAAACUAUGAACUGAAGUGCAUAAAUCUAUUCUUCCACUAUUUUUCAUCCAUGAUCUCGUUGUUCACAGUGUUGUUGUUGAUUAUCUCUUAUAUUGACAACUUUUGCUAGUUUUUCACAACUUGAGUGGUAACGGGAAAGGCAAAUAUCACUAUCAUAGGAUAUACUACUUUUUGUUUUGCAGGCAUAACCUACAACAUUUCAACUGCCUGUAUCUAUGUGAAAAUAUUGCUCUCAAUCAUUGUUUUUCACUCACUUCUAAAACUGGUAUUGUACCAACCUGAAUCGUGUAUAUUAAAAGUUUAAUUUUUUUUCGUGUUUCAGUAUGAAUUUAUCAAAAGCGAAUAAGUAAUCGUAUGCCUCCUUUUACUUUAAAAAGGGCAAUUUUAACCCAAAAAAGGUCAAAUUUAGCCAGAACAUCUAUCUUUCUAAAAAUUUACUUUAAUUCAAAUCGAUCGAGUUAAGAAACCCACUUAUCUAACGUACAAACUUAAUUAGAUAAGGAAUAUACCAAAGACUGCUUCUAUUAGAAAAAAAAAAGUUCCAACCAAUAAAAUUCGGCUUUGCGAGACCCCCACUUUUAAAAAAUAAUUUAAUAUACAUAGUGUACAAUAUUAUUAUUACUAUUAUUAACCAGUUUUUACUAAUAGGCAUAUUAUAAUACUGUUAAUAUUAAGAAUUUUGCAAACUAGUUUUCUAUGCUUAAUUUUAAAACAAAAUUUAAAUUAAUUCUCGAUUUUUAACAAAUGACAUUCCUAUGAAAUUAAGAGCCAGCCAACGUCAAUUUCUUUUCACCAAGACAAUAUUUUUACUGUACUGUACUCACACACGCUGAUUAUACAAUAAAACGGCUCUUUAGUGUAACGUAGAAUUAUUUAUUUGAAGCUCUAAUUGGCAAACAAAGGCCCCCUGAUGUAAUAUUAUCGUACUAAAGCGGAUGAAAUUUUAUUUUUCCUAUUAAUUGAUGUUGUUGUAUAAAGAUAAGGUGAUAUAACCAAUGGGGGGUGAAGUUUGCCUCGCUCUAUAGUGUAGUUUUUAAGGCGUUAUAUGGCCUAGUUUGGAUACAAAAGCGUUUAGUAGAUGUAUAUAUACUGGAUAAUAUUAGAAAUAUAUAACGUUUUAAAUAA